AGAAAUAUAUUUGUCAAAACUUUAUUUUCUUGCACCGUUGUCGUGGAAUGUACUUAUUUUAAAAAUUGUUGCAAAUUAUUGUGAAAUUUUAAAAUGGAUCAGUGGCUUAGUGAAGGAUUAUCGAAAAUAUUAGAUUUUGAAGUACCAGAAGAUCUUAUAAAAUACAUAUUGUCAAUAGAAAAUGAAAAUGAUUUGAAUGAAUAUCUCAAAACUUUAUUAGACUUCGACAACUCUCAGCAUAAAAACUUUUACUUAGAAUUGAUCAAAAAGAAAUUUCCUUCGAAAGGUGGAACUCAAACAAGACAACAGAAGAAAAAAAUUGCAAAAAAUAAACAGCAGCAAGAUUUUGUGAGCACAGAAACAAAUACACAGAGCCAAGUGGUUGAAACUGAUGUUAAAUCUAAAAAGAAAACAAAAUAUGUCAACUUGUAUUCGCAAGAGGGAAAAAAUGCACAAGUUGUUUUAUUAAAAGGUCGACAUCAUUGUGACUGCCAAGCAUCAAAACAUGAACUUAUCAAUAACUGUUUGCAAUGUGGUCGUGUUGUUUGCAAACAAGAAGGUUCAGGACCGUGUCUUUUUUGUGGGAAUUUGGUAUGUACACCGGAGGAGCAAAGAGAGAUAAAUGCAAAGACUAAGUCCAGUGCCAAGUUGAUGGAGUCCCUUAUGGAUAGGAGUCGUCCUAAAGGUUGGGAGGCAGCCGUCUCGCAUAGAAAUAAACUGCUUGAGUAUGAUCGUACCAGCGAGCGGCGCACACGCGUGACGGACGACGACAGCGACUACUUCAACGCCAACAGCGUGUGGCUGAGCACCAGCGAGCGCGACCAGCUGCAGCACUACCAGACCGCGCUGCACGAGAAGAAGCACGCUUCCAGGCUGAAUAAGAAGAUGACUUUUGACUUUGCUGGCCGCCAAAUUGUGGAGGACAAGACAAUAGAACAUGAAGUAGAUGAGGAUCACAUUCGUAACAUAACGAGCAGUAGCGCGCCCAGCGUUCAAAUGCUGCGACCAGAUAUGUUGGCCGACUCGUCCGACCGAGACGUCGCUCCCGGUGUCAACGCACCCAUACUACAGUUUGAUCAAUCAGUAGAGUAUCAAAGUUACUCGUCUGUUGCGAAAUCGAGCUGGGCCCAGUCUUCUCGUAUCCAAGACCUUGAGCUGCAAGAGAUGAGCGACACUGGCAAGUGUUUAUCGAUGCACCAACCCUGGGCAUCCUUGCUCGUCGAGGGAAUUAAAUUACACGAAGGUCGCACGUGGUACACGAGUCACCGGGGCAGGCUGUGGGUGGCGUCCACCGCCAAGGCGCCCGAGCCCGGCCUCGUGCGCGCGGUAGAGGACCAGUGCCGCGCUCUAUAUCCCGAUAAGCAAUUCAAGUUUCCUUCUUUCUAUCCCACGGGAUGUCUUCUAGGCUGCGUCAAUGUGGAUGAUUGUUUACCUCAAGAAGAAUAUUCUAAAAAAUAUCCCGAAGGUGAAAGUGACAGUCCCUAUGUGUUUAUUUGCUCAAAUCCAGUCAGCUUGAGGUUGCGGUUCCCUGUAAAGGGACAGCAUAAGAUUUACACUUUAGACAAAACAAUUCAUCAAGCAGCUGUUAAAUGUAUACAGAAAAUGGCGAAGAUGCAAGCCGAAGAAGCACAUGCGGGCUGAUUUAUGUUAUCGAUGUGUUAAUUUAUUUACUUGUAUAAGAGAAAUAAAACAAUUAUUACA